AUGUUACAUCAACAGCUCGUACUUGUCUUUGGAAUAUCACUAGCCAGCGGCGUAAGUUCAUUUAGAAGCUGUUACUCAGAAGCCCAAGUCUCCAUGUAUAAUUUCUGCAACCUCACAGAUGUUCCACUUGUGCCAAAGGACACAGUGAAGCUUUUUCUAACCUUCAACUAUAUCAGACAAGUGACUGCAGCAUCGUUUCCACUGCUGGAGGACUUGCUGUUGUUGGAAAUUGGAACACAGCAUGUCUACCCUGUUACCAUAGGAAAAGGAGCUUUCAGGAACCUGCCAAACCUUCGUGUCUUGGACUUGGGAUUCAAUAACAUUCUUCAACUGGAUCUCGAUGCGUUUGUGGGCUUGUCAAGUCUGACUGUACUCCGUCUGUUUCAGAACUACCUUGGAAAUUCCAUCCUGGAGGAACGUUACUUUCAAGAUCUGAGCUCAUUAGAAGAAUUGGAUCUUUCAGGGAAUGAAAUCACAAAGCUGCAGCCUCACCCCUUAUUUUAUAAUCUCACAGCCCUGAAAACGGUGAACCUGAAAUUCAACAAGAUACCCAACCUGUGCGAAAGCAAUCUUACCAGCUUCCGAGGAAAACUCUUCUUACUUUUUAGCCUCAGCUCCAACCGUUUGUACGAGACAGAUGAAACGGCCUGGGCCCAGUGCCCCAACCCUUUCAGAAAUAUCACGUUCGUCUCCCUAGACCUCAGUGAGAAUGGCUGGAGCACGGAGAAAGUCCGCAAUUUCUGCACAGCCAUCAAAGGGACUCAGGUCGGGUCUUUAACAUUUAGGUCUCACACAAUGGGUGCGUCAUUUGGCUUUAAUAACUUAAAGAAUCCAGAUACAGAUACGUUUGCAGGGCUGGCCAGAAGCGACCUUCGCUGGCUUGAUAUUUCAGAUGGUUACAUUUUCUCUCUCAAUUCUUUAAUCUUUCAAAGCCUACUGGAACUGCUUUUCAAAAACAAGAUAAAUCAAAUCCAAAGGCAAGCCUUUUUUGGGUUGGGAAACCUAAAAACUCUUAAUCUCUCAAGGAAUCUUUUAGGCGAGUUGUACGAUUAUAGUUUUGAGGGUCUAGACAGCGUAAUGUAUAUUGAUUUACAGCAAAACCAUAUCGGGAUAAUCAGUGGAAAAUCAUUCAGUAACUUACUAAGUCUGAAAAUAAUUGACCUCCGAGACAACGCCAUUAAAAAAAUCCCUUCCUUUCCACAGCUGACCUUCGCCUUUUUAGGUGACAAUAAGCUGAUGUCUGCAGUCGGCACAGCAAUAGUAGCAACGUACCUUGAUUUAGAAGGAAACUGGUUGGCCAACCUGGGAGACCUGUAUGUUCUUUUCCAAGUUCCAGAUGUGCAGUAUAUCUUCUUAAAACAGAAUCGCUUCUCUUACUGUGUGAAAAGCGAUGAUGUUGUAGAAAACAAUCAGUUAAUCUACAUAGAUCUGGGUGAAAAUAUGUUACAGCUUGUAUGGGAGAGAGGUUUAUGUCUGGAUGUGUUCAGGGCGCUCUCCAAGCUUCAGGUUCUACACCUGAAUAACAACUACCUUAGUGCUCUUCCACAGGAGAUUUUUCGGGGGCUCACAUCUCUAAAAAGACUUAACCUAGCUUCCAACCUAUUGUCUCACCUUUCUCCUGGGCUUUUUCCACAAAGCCUCGCAAACCUCAACUUAUCUGGAAACCAGCUUUUUUCCCCCGAGCCUGAAGUCUUUAUGACUUUGAGUAUUCUGGAUAUAACGCAUAAUAAGUAUGUCUGUGAUUGUACUUUAAAGAGCCUGCUAGCAUGGCUAAACGAAACCAAUGUGACCCUCGCUGGCUCGCCGUCUGACAGGUACUGUGCGUACCCACCUGCGCUUGCAGGGGCACCGCUGUCGUCUGUGACAUACGACUGUUUCAGUGAAGACGAACUCCAACAGACCCUCAGGUUCUCAUUAUUCAUCUUCACCUCCAUCGCUCUCCUCGUGUUUCUGACGGCAGUCGUCGUUUUUACUCGCUGUCGGGGGAUGUGUUUUGUCUGGUAUAAAACCAUCACCAAAAAACUGAUAGACAGCCGUUCGCGAGGAGCAGAUAAAAGCGAAUACAGAUAUGACGCGUAUUUCUGCUACAGCAAAAAUGACUUUGAAUGGGUCCAGAAUUCUUUGCUAAAGCGCCUGGAUUCACAGUAUUUUGAUAAAAACAGGUUUACCUUGUGCUUUGAGGAAAGAGACUUCUUGCCAGGGGAAGAACAUAUCAACAAUAUUCGCGAUGCCAUUUGGAACAGCAGGAAAACAGUUUGCAUUGUGACCAGGCAGUUUCUCAAAGAUGGGUGGUGUGUGGAAGCCUUUAAUUUUGCCCAGAGCAGGUACUUUUGUGAUCUGAAAGAUGUCCUCAUUAUGGUAGUGGUGGGGUCACUUUCUCAGUACCAACUGAUGAAACACAAACCAAUUCGAAACUUUUUACAAAGGGGUCGAUACUUGCGGUGGCCUGAAGAUUAUCAAGAUGUAGACUGGUUUUUAAAUAACCUUUCUUGCCAGAUUCGGAAGGAGAAGAAAGUGCGAAGGAAAGCCAGUGGCAUGGAGCUGCAGACUGUGGCAACACUCACGCACUGA